GCAGUUCUUGUUAAAAUUUUCACCAAGCUGUGUGGAUUAUUUUUGUGUGUUGAUUUAUCGGAGAAAUUUUCACUAUUUACGGAUCGAAAAGUUAUCUCGAGUAAAGUAGACACAGAAAAAAAAACAUUUUGAGGAUACAAAGGGACAAAUCUCAACUUUAAGGAGCGGGUUAUGUUCCCUUCUUUCAUCAGUAUCCUCGACAUUCAAUCAUGGUGGGAGGUACCCUGUGUAGCGCACUUCUGUUCGCUCUUCUCGCAGAUUUUUAAUCUUCCCGACUUCCACAUUGAGGAUUUGGAGGAAGCUCUGCUGGCAGAUGGGAAUGAAGGUCAGACAACACUGCUGUCGGAUUUAAUUGUGAGUCUUCUCAGAGGAUGUGAUUUACUGCACAACUGCAGGCAACAUAUUCACACGAGCAACUAUCAAAUGUUCUUGAGGAGGUUGUUCAGAAAGGAAUGUCGGAUCCACAACAUUGAGAACCCAUUUGAUUCUGAUACAGACUUCCAAUUACUUCCGCUUCGGCGUAAACUUGAAAUUCUCCACAAUUUGUGCUACUUCCGUUUGGAAUCGAGGAAUGUACCUGAAUUGCUGGAUAAAUUAGAGGCAGAUAGUUUGCGCAUCGAACCAUUGGGGUAUGAUGACAAAAAUUCCGCCUAUUGGUACUUCUUUGGCACACGCCUCUACAGGGAGGACUAUUUGAAGUGUGAGAAGAGGAAUAAAGUGAAGUGUAACGCUGUGUGGCAAGUUAUUUGCUUCACUGAGGACGAUUGGACGAAUCUGGCUGCUAAAUUGAAAGCAUCAACAUCUCGACGCAAUCGUGCCUUGUCGAAAAUUCUUUAUGAGAAUUUUCUCCCAAAAAUCCCAAAGCUUUUUAAGGAGAAGGAAGAUCAACGGAGGAGAAAUUUCUUCAAGAAAGCAAGUCGCGCGAGGGUCUUGUCGCUGAAGAAGAACUCGGACGAGAGUGAGCGUGAACUGUCGGAUUCUGAGGUGAAUAAGUUGGUGGGAUUUGUGGAAGGAUCACCUGAUUGUUGCGUAAUUGAAGAAGAUAGAGAGAAGGAGGGUGAGCAUUGGGACAUCAGAAAGAGGUCACACCGCUACGGCACUCGAGGAUCUCCAUCAGGAUCGAGUAACUAUUCCACCCUUGCAAGUGGAUCAUCCUCCCCCGUUGUAGGGACAAAUGUAUCGGAAAAUGCUUCAUUUAGCUACUCAGCAACGGAGGAUUGUGGGCAGUGUGUUGUAGUGGCCACAAAUGUGGGCAAAAGUGAGGCGGACAGUUGCAAAAGUUCUUCACUAGCAGCAAUUUCGCAAGACUUGUGUGUGAAAAAAAGUGCCGUGCCGAUGAAUAGAAAGCAGAAAGAAGUGAAGAAGACUGUUUCUUCAGCCAAAAUGUCACCGGCAACGAACAAACUCCCCGGACGGCAGACGAAUAAUUCGCUGUCGUCCAUCACGGGGAAUAUAAUCAUUCCGGAAAUGAGUUCUGGAAGUGCAAAGAGUGGUAGUGCUGGUGGUGGUGGUGGUGGUGGGAGUGCGACAGCCGAAAAGGUUAGCACCACAACUACAGCAGCAACAGCAGCAGCAGCAGCGGAGAAAGUGAGGAAGAAGAAGGCAAAAGCAUCUCAAAUAUUCACAACAUCAAUCAUUCCAACUCUUAGUUUUACGGAGACAGAGGAAGUCCUCCAAAUUGGUAUGCACAAAGUGCUGGAGUAUGUGAAGAAUCACAAAGAUGCAUGGCCCUUUAUGGAUCCCGUUGAGGAGGAUAUUGCUCCGCGAUAUUAUUCAAUCAUUAGAAGGCCAAUGGAUUUGCUGAAGAUGGAGGAGAAAUUGGAUAAUGGAGAGUAUGCGACCUUUACGGAAUUUCGCAAUGAUUUUAAACUCAUUGUCAAUAAUUGUCGCCUCUACAAUGGACAGAAUAAUGAAUACACGGAAAUGGUGAAUAAUUUGCAAGAGGCAUUUGAGAAGGGGACAAAGAAGUACUUUGAACAAAAUUCCUCCGAUGAGGAGGAUGCAAAUCUCGAGUAUCCGGAUCUCAAGACAAAUGUCUUCCGGGAGAAGUAUGCGGGUACGGUGAAGCCCACAACGCCCACUAAAGGUGCCACGACAACGCCUUCAAAGGUGGCAACACCGACAAAAUCAAACAGUUCGAAGAAGGAAGUUGUGGUGCCGAAGAAGAGUACAACGAAGAGAUCAAAACACAGCGUUGAUGAGGAAUCAGAGGAGAGUGAUGUGAGUGAGAAGGUGGUGAAGGUGAAGAAGGGUCGUGUGAGUGAGGCCAAGGAGAGUGCGGAGCGGCAGAAGACGAAGAAUAAGCAUCAGGAAGUGAGUAGUGCAGCAGUAAAGGAGCCCAUUGAGAGCCCACGUGGGGUAAAGAGGAAGAGGAAGGAGAAGGAUAAAGAUCGGAAGAGACGGAAGAAAAAUGACGGGAAGAGUGAUGCAAAGAGUCAGGAGAGUGAAGGAGAAGACACAGAAGUUGAAGAGAUUGAGAAGAAAGUAGUCAAAGGACGUGGAAAGGAACAGUCAAAGGGAAGUUCAGCAAAGAAGGAAAAGCCCCAAAAGGUAAGUCAGGAAAAGGGAGCAGCGAGUUCCGCAAAACGGAACAAGAAAAGUGCAAAAGAAGUCACGAAGAAGGUGUCAGAAAGCCCCCCUAAAAAUGCUGGGAAGAGUGGGCAGAAGAAGACAAAAACAAACCCAAAGGAAGGAAGUGCAAAGAAUGAAAAAAACUCAAAGAGUAAGAAAGUGAAUGAAGCAGCUGCACAAAUGGUUUCAAAGGAUUUCAGUUCAGACGGAAGUCUCAUUGACUUCCCCGUUGUUGCGAAGAAGAAGGCUGCUGAGAAGAAAGAAGGUAAGAAGGUGAAGGAAAAAUCAACAAAGAAUAAGGAGAAAGUCCCGGAAAAGCCCAAGGAUGAGGAAUCUCCACGGAGGAAUAAGCACAAAGGUAAAACGGAAGCUGUUGCGGAGAAGAAGACGAAAGCUCCGUCAAAUCUCUCACCAAUCUCAUCAGAACGUUCAUCAAUCCUAUCCCAAAGUGCCUCCAAAAUGAAUAAUUCCAAAGUAAACAGCAAAACAUCCACGAGUCGCUUCCAUCGGGAUGAUGACUUGAUGUCAAUAUCCAGUCGUAGCUUCUCACGGAGCCCAAGUCCGGUUUCAUCAACCUUCUCCAAUGAUUCCGAUGAUUUCCACACAAAACGGAAGCUUCCAUCGCGUCCCCCAACACCCGAUAUCCGGGAUAAGUUUGAUUUAAUCAAAGAACGAAGACGAAGACUCCUCGGUGAGGAGAAGUCCGGAUCAAGGAGUGAUCAUAGUGCAUCAGGGAAGGGAAAAUCUGGGAAAGGUUCGACGAAGAGUUCCCCCAAAGAUGUAGGACUCCUGACGAAGGAUACAAAGGAUAAACAUCAAACACUCAAUGAGACAAUUGAGAAACUGAAGCUCAGCAAUGAGAAGACAAAGCAGCGAACGGCUGUAAUUGAUGAGAUUCUCGGUGGGAUGAAGCCACCGCGUGAGCAGGAAAAAACAAUCUUUGAACGGCUCAAGGAUCCAAAUGUCGAAACUAAGUCUUCUGGCGCGAAACACACUCAGGGGAGGGAGAAGAAGAAGGAUGAGUAUGAUUUUGUUGAUGAUUCCGUGCCGCCUGCAGUAUCGUCGCAUCGGCAGAAGAAGGAGAAUCAGGCAAAGGGUGGUGGGAAGAAGAAUAGCAAAUCAUCGAAGGUGCUCGCCGAGACGACGCCAAAGAAGAACAGCAAGACGAACAUGGAAGCUCUGGAGCAGGGAGUGUGGGAGCAAACGCUGAAGGAUAUCAAUAGAUGGCUGGAACCACCUUCGGACAGUAAUUCCCCAUCUCGGUACAUUUGGGAUGAUUUCGAGGCUGAAGACUUUCGACGGCCUGUGCCAAUUCAGCAGCCUGCUCCACGACCAACACCACCGACUGAUGUUCCAUUGUUGGCAACGCCACAAAAGGAAGCACCUACACAGGCAGGAGGACCGAGACCAAAUCAGCCGCAAGGGCAAAACCCUCCUUCUGCGCCGCAGCGAAAAGAUGCGUCAAGGGAUAAAAGGAAAACACUAAAGGAUAAGAUAACGGUGAGGAAGCGUGAAGUAGCUCGUCCCAUUGACAGAUUACAGCCGGGCAAGACAAAGGGGAAUCUCAUACAGAACACCAAUAAACCCGAUGAACUCUUCCCGCUGGGGAACUUGUCGAAGCUGAAAGAAAUCAAAAACUCCUUGAUGGUGAAGCAAACGGAGUCAGGACCAAAGUUGAGCCUUGGAACUGUGCUGGAUACGCAGGAAUUUGGUUUAGUGCAACAGCACAAUUUUGUUGAUGAAAUAAAGGAUGAGGAGGGAGAGAAAGUGCCGGAGAAGGAGAACACGGGCGAGGAGAAGGAGAAAGUUGAAGCAUUUGUACGGAAGGAUGUGGAGAAGGUGAAGGAUGAACAGGUACCGAAGGAAGUUGAGGCGGAAAAUCAGAAGGAAAAAAGUCCGGAGAAGGUUUCAGCAACACCCAAUCACAGUGCGUGGUUUAAGGCUUUCGGAGCACCGAAGAAAUCAAAGAAACCCGAAGAGGAGGAAGCAGCGAAGAAGAAGGUGGAAACAUCGCCAACGGAACAGGAGUCAACGGGACUGGGAAUGGUGCCAAAGUCACCCGUUUCGGCGGUAAAUGGCGCUGAAACAACACCGUACAGCGGACAGCCGAUUCCGCGACAGAGGAAGGCAAGUACGGGUAGUACGGUGUCUGAGCGUUCAUCAUACAGUCAAGAUCCCGAUAGCCCGAGGAUAGCUAUUGAUGAGAGAAUGUACCCAGGCCCGUAUCCAUCGCCCCUGGGUGCAUCACCCAUACUCACGUCGCCUAAACCCGAAGAAUUGCCAAAGUCUGCAUCGCCAUACUCCCUAAAUGGUGCCAUAAAGGUGGGCUUCUACCAGGAUACAACAACAAAGAGUAGUCCUGAGAAGAGUUGUAGCCCACGUGAGCAACCCUCAACGUACCCACAAUACUCGCAGCAUGUUUACUCCUCAGCUGCAUCACCAGCCAUGACGGGGCUGACAAGCCCAUCGUACGGAAGCUAUGGCAGCUACCACACGACAACGGUCUCAGCAGCUGAUGCCAAGAAGGCCGGCAACAGCAGUAAGAGUCCUGCAUCCUACUAUGAUCAGUACAAACGACCUGAGGAGUCGACAGACUACACAAACUCAAUGAGUCCCAAUAACAAUCCCAAUUCUCCGUAUCAACAUCAACAAAUGUCUCCGUAUCAGCAACAACACUCCCCGUAUCAACAACAACAACACUCACCGUUCCAGCAGCAGCAACAGACGCAGCAGAAGGUAAACAGUGGACCAAUUUCUCCAUAUCAAGCAUCAACGCCACAACAACAAACAGCCAUGUCGCCGCAACAACCACAACAGCCGCAGUAUCAUCCAAGGCAGCAGCAGCAACAACAACAGCAGCAGCAAGUACAGCAGCAGGUGCAGAAAUCAAUGCAGGGACCGCCAGUUUCGCCGUUUUCCCAUUCAAAUCACAGUUCGCCGUAUUCGCAGCAUGAUCCCAAUUCGCCGUAUUCUCAGGCACAACCUGAGCAGCUGUCGCCAUUCCAGAAUCCAAAUUCUCCCAAACAAGCUCCGGCGCAGGUUCCACCGGAAGGGAGUCAAAUUACCACAACAAAUGCCACGGAAUGGCAACCACCGAGUCACAUUCCGCCACAAUUUGAUGCGCAACAACAACACCCGAUGAUGCCACCAGCAGCUCAUGGGCAGCAGCAACCGUUGCAACCACCGUCGCAGUGCAAUCAGGACAAACAACCAACACAGUUGCAGCAUCCACGGCAUUUGCAGGCCCCAAUGGCGCAUCAUGCACAGGAAAUGCCGCAAAAUAUGACGCCGGCACAUCAAAACUACCCGCCGUACACAACGCUUCAGGGGAAACGCUACGAAGAGCCACAGAAUCCCUUCAUGCCACCACAGCAGAGUCUAAGGCAGCAAAAUGUCUACGAUCCAUCUGUUGCAGAGGCAUCCAAUCUGCAAAAUCCUCUCAACUACCGGCAGAAUGCGCAGCAACAACCAAUGCAAUCAGCACCGGAGGAUGUGGAUAAGAAUCAUCCAGUAGAUCCAAUGGCAAGGCUGGCAGCGGCGGAUAAGCAGCAGCAGCAACAAAUGUUUGAUUUGCUGGCAUUCAGCAAGUAUGGCAAACAAUUGGAUAUUUCCACGUCAAAAGCAUUUGAAAUGUUCAAUCGGGCUGCUUCAAUGGGUUUCCCAAAGACACUCCCACUGGCUGCCAGUGGAUCAGCCGUUCCGCCCAGUGGAAGCAGCAAAACACCACCGGAUUUGUUUGAUCUCAACUACGGCAAAGGGAUCCAGCAGACAGACUACACAGGGCAGCCUGUUGUGGGUGGGAACAAUCCACGUGCGGUGCAGCAGCAGAAAACAAUCACAGAAUUGGGACCAAUGGCUGGGUAUCAGCAGCAACUGAAGCAGCAUCAUGGUGUUGAGAAUAAAUCAAUUCCGGGGGCGCAUCAGGCACAAAAUCCUCAACUUCAGCAAGCAGCACAGCAACACCUGCCCAGUGCUGCUGCAAAGGGGGUGGAUUUGGCAAUUCCCAACCCCCGGCAGGUGCCACUUCUACACGAAACCGAAGCUCCGGGAGGUGGGCAGAAGAAUCCCCCCAAUGCGCCGCGGUAUGAGACUCUUCAGCCUCCGGGAGCCUACAAAGCCCCCCAUCCGUACAAUCCUUCAGCAAGUUCAGCACUCAUUGAUCCGAGCUUGAGGAAUCUCACGCCUCUGCCCAUAAUGGAUGAGCACCUGUUGAGUCUGCAGCAGAGCACGGCGAGUGGGUACUACGACAAGACAAUCCCAUCGGCGCACAUGUUUGGGAAGAAUAUGCAUCAGCAGAUGUUCUCCACACCUCCCAUUUCCACCAUGUCGCCGUACAAUGCAGCCCGGGAGGCACCUGGCGGGAAUAACUAUCAGUUGAGGAUACCUCCGGAAGCUGCUGGGGUGCACCAUGAUAUGACAACGGGUGGUGCAAAGGUUCAGCAGCAGCAGGUGCAGGAAGUUCCAACGACAAAGGGGCGCAAAGGUGGGAAGAAGAAGAAAGCAGCAGCAACGGCGGCGGCGGCAGCAGUGACGGCAAAUGCAGCAGCUGAAAUGAUGGUACAGAAUCCAAUGCAACAGCAGCAGGGCUUCCAAUCGUAUGCUGGCCUGAAGACGGGCACAGUGGCAGCUGCAAGUGGAGCUGCCACAGCCGGCACGGAUUCCUCGGCAAUUUCUCUCAAAUCCGCAAGUAUGGUGCCCGGGAGUGCCUUUAAUUUUGGACCAACACCCACUGGGCUGGGGCUGCCGUAUGGCCCGGAGAAUCCUCCCGGAUACCUCGAGGACUUCCGGAACAAUCCCAAUCCGUACUACCUGCCGCCGGGGCAUCGAAAUAAUCCCGACGCCGCGGCUGUGGCGGAGAAAAGUGGAGGGAAUGUGCCCGUUUCAGCGCCGUCGUACCAUCAAUUCCUCUCUCAUCCCACAACGAGACCUUCCUACCCCUUCAUGAAUUCCCCGCAGUUGGACACAACGUCCCCACUGUACCAGCAAUACCUCCAGCGAGCGACUGAAAGUGAAUUCCGUGCCCAAAUGAUGCUCAAUCAGGGACUCCUGGGACCACCGGGGGCGCCCGGAGCGUAUUCCCAGUCAAGCUAUCAUCAUGCCCUUGGGAUGCACAAAUCACCCUACGAUGCCAUGAAUACCAUGAACAGAGCUCCGUGGUUCUGAAGAGGACAAGGUAGGGCACAAAAUCACAAAACUUUCAACCAAAGACCUUAAUUAUUAUUUUUUCCUUUUAAAAGUUUUUAAUUUUUUUUUAACAAUUGACUAAAGAAAUGAUUUUAUAUUUUUUCUUAAAAAUGAAAUAAAGAUUAGAAUGAGAAUUCAUUCAAUGCAGCAAAUAAUCCGCAAGAUUUAUUUAUUUUCUAAGGUUUUUAAGGAAUUUUUCAACACUGUGCAGCAAAUUUUGGGAAUUGAAAUGGAACAUAAUUAUUAGAAGAGAAUUUUCAUUUUUAAAAUUAGAGAAACAAAGAAAUUCUUUGAAAUUUUAAUUUUCAGAGAUUCUUAAGAGAAGACUUUAUGAAAAAUCUUUUUUUUUUUUGCUUAGCGUCUAGUGACGUCUUAGCAAUAUUUUCAAUUUCAAACAAGAAAUGAUUUUUUAUAUUAUCACUUAUCCCAUUUUCUACUUUAAAAAAAUGAUUGAAAAGGUUUUUUUAAGGAAAUAUGUAUUUUAUCUAGAAAAAAUCAAUUAUAUCACGUUUUAAGGGAAAUUUUUCUUUAAGGUCGAGUUUCCUUGAAAGCUUCAUUUUGUCUCAUAUUCGAAACAUUUGAAAUGAUCUAAAUCGGAUCAAAUGAUUGUUUUGAAUCGUUCAAUUGAACAGAAAUUUAAAAUUUUUCUUGAAAAAAAAAAACAAAUAACAAUUUUAAUAAUUUCUUAAGAUUUGAAACGAGAGGAAAAUCAUUUGAAAGAGUUUUUAGAUUUAUUAAAAUCGUUUCACUUGAAAUAGCAUUUGAUCAACUUUUGUAAGAAUAUGAAGAACAACUUUUGUCCGAUUUUAACUUGAAAACUCUCCUUUCUUCUUUAAAAACUCACUGAGGCAAGUAAGAUCGUCUUUCUCUUUCGGAAACUUUUUUAAUAAUCAAAAUCAGUCUAUGAAUUGAUUUUAUAUAAAGUUGUUUUUUUUUACAAAAUUAUUGCAAGAAGUUCAAAAUCUCAAUCAAAAUUUCAAUUUAAUGUUAAUUUCCUGAUCCGAUUUUAAUCGUUCUAGAAGUUUUAGAAGAGGAACUCCUAGAGAAUUUAAAAAAUUAUUCUUUUUAAACAAGAAUAUUCUUCGAUGAUCUUUAGAGAUUGUAAUUGAAGGUUUUUUGCAAGUUUUAGUCCAGUUUUAUAUUCUAAUUCUAAAAUUGACUACAUAGUUUAACCUUUGUUUAGUCCCUUUAAAUUUUGAUUCUUAUAUUUAGCUUUAUUUUCCAUUUUUUUAAAGAUUUUUUUUUUUUACUAAUUUUGCCCUUUAAAUUUCAAAAGUUUGUUUUAGCCAGUUCUUUCAAUUUAAUGCUUAAAGAUUAAAAAUUAAUCUUUUGGAAUUAUUUAAUUAUUAUCUAUCCUUAAAGGUUUAAGAACAAGGUUUUGCAACCUGCAAAAACCCGAGAAAAUGCUGCACGGUGUUUAUUUUUCAAUUCUAUUUCCAAUAUUUAAAUAAUCUGAAACAAAGAAACAUUUUUUUUUCUAAUUCUUGCUUUGACUUCUUUCUUAGUUUAGAAUGAGAAGAAGAAACAAAAUAAAAUAGCGGGCUGGGAAUGAAAAGAUCAAAGAAAAAGUUUCUCAAAAAAAAAUCAAUUUAAAAAAAAAGAGAAACUAGAAAUAGUAAAAAAAAGAUUAGAUAAAAAAAUCAUUUACAAAGAAAAUAGUAAAAAAUGUGUUUAAGGAAAGAAGUAAAAAUGGAUGGAACAGUAUAAAGCGAAAGAACGGUAAGUAAAACUUACGGGCUGUGAUUCUUUCUUUGUCAGUGAAAUGUGAAAUUGACGGAAAAUUGAGGAUGGGCAAAUUUUGAGGAAGGCUUUCUCGCGCACCGAAUCACAGCCAACGCGCAGAUAAUUUGUGAGAAGCCUUAAUCGUGGGCGUUGGCUGUGAUUCGGUACGCGAGAAAGCCUUCCUCAAAAUUUGCCCAUCCUCAAUUUUCCGUCAAUUUCACAUUUCACUGACAAAGAAAGAAUCACAGCCCGUAAGUUUUACUUACCGUUCUUUCGCUUUAUACUGUUCCAUCCAUGCUAUAUUUAAUUUUUAUCUUUGCAGUUUAUAUAUAUUUAUCUUUGCAUUAUUAUAUGUAUAUAUAUAAUGUAUAUAUCUAUGCAUUUAUAUAUAUAUAUAUUAUUUUAUUUUAUAUGUGUAUAUAAAACGCCCCGCUUCGCGGGGCGUUGGACUUAUGCAACUCAAGAUAUGACAUGUAAACUUUAAAACGCGAUAUCUCCGGAACGGCUACAUAGAUUUUCUUCAUUUUUGGCAUGGUGAUAGAUACUAUAGUCAACUAUAACAUAUCAAAAUAUGAAGCAAUUCUAUAAAGCGGUGCUCGAGAUAUUCAUCGAAAACUCAUCGAAAAUUUUGUUUUCGAUUUUAGCGCCACUUGCGGUCAUUUUUUGAACUUGCGAUGUUCCGAGCAGUUGUAGGGCUCGUUAAUAUCUUUCAUUUGAGCCCGAGUUGAUCAAAAUCGGUCAAGCCGUUCUCGAGUUAUGGCCGAUUUUCGAUGAAAAAUUGUGGCGGCCAUAUUGGCUAAACGGCUUGGCCGAUUUUCGAAAAUGAGGUAUCGUUGGAAAGGUAUUGAUGGCCCCUACAACAUAUAAAAAUUUCAGACCUCUAGCUAUAAUAGUGACUGAGAUAUAGCGAAAACAAAAUUUUGAGGUUAUGCAAAAUGGCGGACGCGGGGGUGGGGGGUUGGAUUUGACUUCAUAAUCGGAUGUCUUCCACCUGAUAUAUGAACUUUGCCGUUGACCGCAAGUUUCUAUCUAUUACCGUUCUCUUGCAAUAUUGCGUUAUAUUCCGGCCGGACGGACGGCCGGCCGGCCGGCCGGAAAGAUUUUUGGCGCAUACGUUUUUUGGAAUGUGGGGACUCUAAUUCGUGCUCAUCCCGAGUUUGAGCCCGAUCUGACGACUUUGCAUUUUUGAGUGUACACAGAAGCUGUGCUUCUUUUAAGAAAGAAUCACAGCUAAAAAAAAACAAGAAUAGAGCUAAAGAGAAAUGAACAUUAAUGUCUUCUAUAUGUCACAAAAAAAAUUAUUAAUUAACUAUAUAUAAUCUUGUAUAUGUAGAGCUUUGAAAAAAACUGAUUUUAGAAUAUUUUCACGACGUAAAAAAAAUAUUAAUUGAGCGUAAAAGGAAUUUAGGUUCUUUCUUCUUCAAAAUAAUUAUUUAUUUGCAUUUUAUUGCCACGACAAAUUGUAAAACAAUAUGUAGGUAAUUUUUAGAGCUUUUUGGGGGGAUUUAGUGAAGGUAAAAAAAAAAACAAAAAAUAAGUAAAUUAAUUAAUUCUUAUAUUACACCACAAAAUAAAUGCUCUGAAAUUGAGUUUUAAAUUAAUUUUUAGAGCUCUGAAAAAUGAAAAAUGAUAGAAUUAUAAAAAAAAAAUCAAAGAAACAAACAUUAAAAAGUUAAAAAUAAAACACAAUUUUGCAUCUCAAAUAUUUUCUAUAGAAUUAAUUUAAUAAAAGAAAAAGAAAUCAACAUAUUUUUAGCAAUUUGUGAAAGGUAUUUAAAAAGAAGAAGUAAAAAAAAAACAAUAAAGUAGCAUAAUAUGCUUCGAAUAUUGUACAAAGAAAAGGAAAUUUAAAAAAAAAAACAGAAAAUUUGAUGGGAAAGGUGUUGCAAAAGAAAUUGACAAAAAAAUAUAUUAGCACAGAUAUUUUAAUUAAAAAAAAAAAUGUUUUUGAAGAGAAAAAACAAAAAAUUGAAAGGAAACUGCGUGAAUGCGUGCGUGACAAGGGCGUGAGAGAGGAAAAGUGCAACUUACAGAAUGAAGAAAAAGAUUUUAAAAAAAUAUUCUUUUUGCAAUAUAUAAUUUUUGUUUUUAAAAUUAAAAAGAAAAUAUAUUUGUUAAACUAAUACUAAUUAGAAAUAAAAAAAAAGUAUAAUUAAAAAAUUUCUUUUACAGUUUUUUUUUAAUCUUAUUUUCUCACCAAUUAAAUGAAUCAUCUCUAUUUGUUAAAUCAUUCAAAUUUUAUUGUGUUUUAUCCUAUAAAGAAUGAGGGGAGGGGAUUGGUGUAGAAGAAAAAUAAAAAGUAAAAUGUAGGUUAAAAGGGGAAGAAAAUAGAGAAGAAAUUACAAAGAAAGAAGCGUGGAAGGGAAACAUUUAUCAAAUAAAUAUAUAUUACCAAUUAAUUUUAAAAGAAAUGGCAAAAAAAUCACUAAGAUUAAUUUAAAAAGAACACACAAAGAAUUAUAUUUAAAAAAAAAAGAAAAGAAUUAAUUUCUGUAGAACAGGAAAAUGUGUAUCUCAACUAUUAUUAUUAUUAUAUUAAAAGAAAGAAGAAGAAGAAAAUAUUAAAAGAAAUAUUUUGUAAAAUUAUUAUGAUCUUGGGAUGAGUCGCUGUACAUUCCCUGAUGAAGAAAAAACCAUAUUCGUGAUCAGAAAAAUCACAAAAGAUAGGCGAGUACAGCUUAAACACACACCGAUCGUUGAGAAGAAGCAAAAAACACAAAAAAAGGAUGAAUGAAGAGAGAUGUUAGAGGACAUAAAAAAUAGGACAAAUCUGUAGUUAAAAAAAUUAGUUGAUUUCAGAAUGUACAAUUAUUAUAAUUAUAUUAUUAUAUAAAAGAAAAUUUUGCGGAGAAGAGCAAAAAAAGAGACCAACAAAAUGUACAUAAAGAAAGGUAAUAAAUUAACACUAAAAUUUAA